ACAAAACUUUUGUUAUUGUUCUCGUCAUCGGAUCAUAAAACUUGGUCGUAAAACAUCAAAUUUUGAAUAAAUUAACCCAAAAAAAGCCUGUGAAAUAGUAGUCAAUUAAGCAAAGCCAACAUCCAAUAAUGCAAAUUAGCACAAAGUUACACAACUAACGAGAGAACGAAAGACUGCUGUGAAGAUGAGCUCAAUUUACGAUGAGGUGUCAGAAUCAGAUGAGGGACCCGCUUUCACAGCUGCGAGACCAAUAAACGACGGUGCCUCCGACUCCGAAAGUGACAACUCGCCUCUCAUCCAUUCACACGAAGAGGAAAAAGAAAUCGAUGGGAAAUUUCCGAAAGCUCGACAAAUCUUGGGUCUCAUGGGCUUUCUGGGAUUCGCAAAUGUCUAUGCGAUGCGCGUGAAUUUGAGUGUUGCAAUUGUGGCGAUGGUUAAUAACACAAAUUCCGACAUCCCGGAUUUCGAUAACAACACAGACGUUUGCCCAUUGCCUCCGUUUUCGAAUUCAACGAUACCAGAUAAAAAUGGCGAAUUCAAUUGGGAUGAAGCAACGCAAGGAAUAAUUUUGGGAUCUUUUUUCUAUGGUUACGUACUGACACAAGUCCCCGGAGGACGAUUUUCCGAAAGAUUCGGCGGAAAGUUGGUUUAUGGCUAUGGAGUACUUAUUACGGCACUUUUUACCUUUUUGACUCCGAUUGCGGCGCAAAUUAAUAUUCCGUGUUUAGUGAUAGUUCGGGUGCUCGAGGGCAUGGGAGAAGGCGUGACGUUUCCCUCGAUGCAUGCGAUGCUCAGUCGAUGGAUUCCGCCGAUGGAGAGAUCGAGAUUUGGGGCGUAUGUUUAUGCGGGGGCGAAUUUCGGGACGAUUAUUUCGCUUCCGUUGUCGGGAUGGCUGUGUUCCCUUGAUUUUAUGGGAGGAUGGCCUUUAGCUUUUUAUAUUUUUGGCGGAUUGGGAAUUGUUUGGUGGAUAUUUUGGAUGGUUCUAGUGUAUGACGAGCCGAAAAAACAUCCUCGUAUAUCGCCAGAGGAACGAAGAUAUAUCGAAGUUGCCUGUAAAACAAAAGAUCAAGAUCGUGACAACGAUGAUUACGUACCGUGGAAAGGAAUUUUCACUUCUGUACCUGUUUGGGCAUUACUAAUUACACAAUGCGGACAGUCAUGGGCAUUCUACACCGUUUUGACCGAAAUUCCAACGUACAUGGCAAACAUAUUGCAUUUCCCGAUUCAGCAAAAUGCAGUUUUGUCGGCGUUACCUUACCUCACAUCGUGGAUUUUCGCAAUUUUAAGCUCCAAUUUUGCCGAUUGGUUACUCAGACGGCAACACGUGAGUCAAUUAACGUCGUACAAAAUUUGGAAUGCCGUUGCUUCAAUAGUGCCUGCCGUUGGAUUGUUAUUUGUUGGAUAUGUCGGAUGUGACAAAGUACUUGUAAUGUUCAUGUUAGCUGGAUUAGGAGCAGCUUAUGGCGGAGUGUAUAGCGGAAAUCAAAUGAAUCACAUGGCGCUGAGUCCGAGACACGCUGGAACGUUGUACGGAAUUACGAAUGCUGCUGCGAAUACUUGUGGUUUCUUAGCUCCCUACGUCAUUGGAGGCUUGAUUCGAGGUCGCGAAAAUCUCACACAAUGGCGCGAAGUGUUCUACUUGGCUGCUGUUCUUGAUAUUUCCGGCAGUCUUAUCUAUCUCCUCUUUGCGAGUGCGGAACAACAACCUUGGAGUACGGUGCGAGGCAGUCGACUCAGUCGUAACUGAUUAUUAGUGAAAACCAAAAUGAGAACUUCCUACAUCUGAAUUGUCUUCGUCUUAAAUUUUUUGACAUUUGUCGAAAAAAAAAAAUCAAAGCGCAAAAAAAUCUCUUAUAUUUACUAUCAUUCCUGUCAUCAACCAACACACAACCAGUUUCAUGUAAUAGUAAUAAUAAUAACUUUAAAUAGAAACGUUUAAACAUAUGUGAUAACUGUAACUGCGAAUGUAUUUUAAUCUGAAUGUUUUUCGUAAGAUAAUGUCCAAGUUGAUAAGCGAACAUAACAAAACUAUAAAAAAAGUACCAUUUGAUGACAAAAACAACCCAGACAUAUUAUAUACAAAGAAACUUUAUUUUAAUAUACAAUUACAAAAAAAAAAAAUAAUCAAAUAAAGUUGAUACACGUUAAUGAAAAUGAUGUUAAAUUUAAAAAAUAAUUUAAUGACAUUAAAUUUACGAAUUAUAUUGAUGAUGAAUACAAAACA